AUGUCGGGAGUAUCGCCAUUUAACCCACGACCAAUGCUCCAGGGCUUGGUCGAUAAGGAUAUAAUCGUGCGCUUGAAGUGGGGCGAGACUGAAUACAAAGGCCGCCUCGUUUCCGUGGAUCUGUACAUGAACAUUCAGCUAUCCAACACAGAAGAGUUUGUCAACGGAGUGAGCUCGGGAACGUUGGGACAAGUCCUCAUAAGAUGCAAUAACGUCUUGUGGAUUGGCGCAGCAGACAAAGUCGAACCAAAAGCCACGCGCGAUACCAGUAUGACGGGUUGA